AAAAGUUGGCUUUCGUAAACUGGCCACUCUCAUCCCUGUUACAUUUGGCUGGUGUUUUUCAUUCAAAUUUAGUGUCAUGUCGUAACCCGAAACAACCCAAAAAUCACACAAAACGACACCCAAAUUCAUAGUGCAGGCAAUUCUGGCGGAGUUCAGCUUCAGGUCGAAAAGCAGACAUGUCGACAGCCUCGCGGUUGACUUUGGGCAUGGCAGUCACCGUUUCCACGGCGAUCAUAGGUUAUGUGCACUAUAAACAAUCGGCGGACCGGCUGAGACUGCAUGAUGGGGUUUUGCGGGAUGUGGAGCAGCAGCAGCGGCGGAAACACGAAAACACCUACACGCUCCAGCAGCAAAUAGACAUCACCAAGCAACUGAAGGCCAGGGAGGCGACCAGCAACUCCUCUGACACGCCCACCCCACCAAGAAAAGAAGGCUGCAAUUGCGACGCCUGCACCAAAUACCAAGAAUCUGAGCUUCAGCUGCAGCCAAGAGCCCAGAAAUCCGGCGUUGUUUCGCAGGCUGAAGACCAGUCAGUUAAUCUUGGUUCCCUAAGCCCACCAUCAGACAAAGUUUGAUCCCAACAAGCCUUUCAACAUGCACUUAUUGUACACUGUAAGACUUACUCUGGUUAAUAGAAGGCAUUAGUUGUUUAAAAUUACUUCUUUAUCUUUUAUAACGUGACCUAAAAUGGAUUUUUGGACUGCAGAUGGGCUAUAAUCGUUGUAAAUAAAAAUAGUUCCAUUUUAAAUAUAUCUAAUUUUUACUCUUCCUCUUAAGUAAGCCUAUCUGCAUUUUAAAAUAAAUGUAAACUUGCGAAUUAAAAAAAUGAUUUACUUUAAUCAUAAAUACCCUUAAUAUCAGAAAACACAUGUUCCUCUGGGUAAAGUACAGCUAACAUU